UUAAUUAAGAGCAAAUCAAUUAAACUUUAAUCACACAUGCUAAUGAGUCUAAAUUAGAGCAAUCGCAGCUUUCAAUUGAAGUAAACGAUAGGACUAAAAAAAUCCGAAACUCAACUAAUCAAACACUUCGAGAUUCGUUACUGUGAGUUCAUUGCGUAACUAACUUCACAGAUUCAUUCAAAAAGAUGAUAACAGUUUCCGAUUGGAUCCGUUCAUCUUCGAAUCAACACAUCGAUUUGUACAAGCAAUGGUUCAACGUGGCCGAUUCAGAUGGCGAUGGCCGCGUCACUGGAAAUGAUGCUAUAAAGUUCUUCGCACUCUCCACCUUGUCUCGCCCUCAACUCAAGCAGGUUUGGGCGAUUGCUGAUACGAAGAGACAAGGUUUUUUAGGGUUUGAUGAGUUUGUUACUGCAAUGCAGCUCAUUUCUGUGGGACAAGCAGGGUAUGAUCUCAACUCGGAUAUUCUAAAAACUGAGAUUGACAGCGAAAAGAUCAAACCUACAGUACUGGAAGGAAUUGAUGCAUUAGUAGCAAAUACAAAGAGUCCAACAAUAAAUGCACAACCCGAUGUAUAUGGGACUGGCCAGCUUCAGCCUUUUCCACGGGUUACUUCAAAAUCUGCAAAGAAGUUACCCCUCAAUGCAGUGACAUCAAUAAUAGAUGGCUUGAAGAAGUUGUAUGUGGAGCGGCUAAAACCGUUGGAGGCUACUUAUCGAUUCAAUGAUUUUGUAUCUCCAUUAUUGACCAACAGUGAUUUUGAUGCUAAACCAAUGGUCAUGCUUCUCGGUCAAUAUUCUACUGGGAAAACAACAUUCAUUAAACACUUGCUAAGAUGUGAAUAUCCAGGGGCGCACAUUGGACCAGAACCCACGACUGACAGAUUUGUCGCUGUCAUGUCUGGAACUGAUGAGAGGAGCAUUCCUGGAAAUACUGUAGCUGUUGAUGCUAGCAUGCCUUUUAGUGGCUUGACAAGUUUUGGUAGUUCUUUUUUGUCAAAGUUUCAAUGCUCUCAAAUGCCACAUCCACUGCUAGAUGAAAUAACGUUUAUCGACACCCCUGGUGUCCUCUCUGGAGAAAAGCAAAGGACUCAACGAAGUUAUGACUUCACCGGUGUUAUAUCUUGGUUUGCUGCAAAAUGUGAUUUGAUUCUUCUCCUAUUUGAUCCCCACAAACUUGACAUUAGUGAUGAAUUUAAACGAGUGAUUUCCUCUCUACGCGGUCAAGAUGACAAAAUACGUGUUGUUUUGAAUAAGGCAGACCAAAUUGAUACUCAACAACUCAUGAGAGUUUAUGGAGCACUGAUGUGGUCUUUGGGAAAAGUUCUGAAUACCCCGGAAGUUGUACGUGUAUAUAUUGGCUCAUUCAAUGAUAAGCCUAUCAAUGAAGGUUUUGUCGGCCCAUUAGGACAGGAGCUUUUUGAGAAAGAACAAAGCGAUCUCCUUUCAGAUUUGGCAGAUAUUCCAAGAAAGGCGUGUGACGGUCGGAUCAAUGAAUUUGUCAAACGUGCGAGAUCCGCUAAAAUCCAUGCCUAUAUAAUUAGUCAUCUUAAGAUGCAGAUGCCUGCAAUGAUGGGCAAAGCUAAGGUGCAACAAAGGCUUAUAGAUGAUCUUGAAGAUGAAUUUAAAAAGGUUCAAAGGGAGUUUCAUUUACCCGUUGGUGAUUUUCCCAAUGUAGAUCACUUCAGAGAGGUUUUGAAUACUUACAGCAUUGACAAAUUUGAUAAAUUGAAGCCUAAAAUGGUUCAAGCUGUAGAUGACAUGCUUGGUUAUGAAAUACCAGAGCUGUUAAAAAAGUUUAGAAAUCCUUAUGAGUAAGUUGAAAAUCGUUUAAGCUUGUUUUUGAUUGUCAUGAAUGUUUCUGACUGAGAUUUUGAUGUUUUUCUAAAAUAGUUGAAAUAUUUUUUGUGUGCGCGUUGAAUCUCUAAUGCCCACAUCGUGUAAAGUCCAGUCCAUGACAUAAGAUUGUUUAGACAAUUGCCGCUCUAUUUUGUUUGCCUUAAUUGUAUAUGAAUGUGCACCAUUUGAAGGUGCUCCCUAUCCAAUUUUCCA